CUUAUAUUUCACGAGCUUCUUCCCAAUAUGCUCUUCUUCUUCCUCCUUCAAAUACCCUCCUCCCUUAACCUCUCUAUGAAACCUACACACCUCUUAUUAACUCCAUGGAACCAACAUUUCUCUUCUUUGCACUCUUCUUUCUUUCCUCCUCCUCCUCCUCUGCCUUCCAUUUGCAGACCUACAUUGUCCAGCUCCAUCCCGACGGCCUCACUCGGCCGCAUUACGACGCCGCGAUAGAUUGGCAUCUCUCUUUCCUUAGAAAACUCGUAUCCGUCGAAGAAACGGAGGAAAACGACGAUGACGGCGCCGCUUCGUCGCGGCUUCUGUAUUCCUACACCUCCGCAAUGGAAGGUUUCGCCGCGCAGCUAUCGGAAUUUGAGGUCGAGACGUUGAAGAAGUCGAAUGAUGUUAUAGCAGUGAGACCUGACAAUAAGUUUGCGAUUCAGACGACUUAUUCUUACCAGUUCUUGGGGCUGACCCCCGCCGGGGGCGCUUGGAGGGAGUCCCGAUUCGGUCGGGGGUCGAUCAUUGGCGUGCUCGACACGGGAGUCUGGCCGGAGAGCCCGAGCUUCGACGAUCGCGGCAUGCCGCCGGUGCCCCGGAAAUGGAAAGGGAUAUGCCAAGAAGGGAAGGGCUUCAACGCCUCGAAUUGCAACCGGAAACUCAUCGGCGCGAGGUUCUUCAGCAAAGGCCACCGUGUGUCGUCCUCGUCCCCGCCCGACGCGUCGACGGAAUACGUUUCGCCGCGCGAUUCGCACGGGCACGGCACGCAUACAUCGUCCACGGCGGCGGGAUCAUCGGUCCCGACGGCAAGCGUAUUUGGGAACGGAGCGGGCGAGGCGCGAGGAAUGGCGCCCGGCGCGCACAUCGCCGUCUACAAAGUCUGCUGGUUCAGCGGCUGCUACAGCUCCGAUAUCCUCGCGGCGAUGGACGUCGCCAUUCGAGACGGCGUCGACGUGCUCUCCCUCUCCCUCGGCGGUUUCCCCGUCCCCCUAUACGAAGACAACAUCGCCAUCGGAAGCUUCCGCGCAAUGGAGCACGGAAUAUCGGUGGUAUGCGCAGCUGGGAACAACGGCCCGAUUCAAAACUCCGUCGCCAACGAAGCCCCUUGGAUCACAACCGUCGGCGCGAGCACCCUCGACAGAAGGUUUCCGGCGAUAGUCCGGCUGAGCAAUGGGAAAUUCCUGUACGGAGAAUCGAUGUACCCUGGAAACGGACACGAAAACGAGCUCGAGUUAGUUUAUUUCGCAAACGGCGAUAAUGGGAGCCAAUUCUGCAUGAGAGGUUCGAUUCCGAGAGCCAAAGCUCGAGGGAAGAUGGUGGUCUGCGAUCGAGGGGUGAACGGGAGGGCCGAGAAGGGGCAGGUCGUGAAGGAAGCCGGCGGAGCGGCGAUGAUUCUAGCCAACACGGAAAUAAACCUCGAGGAAGAUUCGGUCGACGUGCACGUCCUGCCUGCGACAUUGAUAGGAUCCGACGAAUCGUAUCGACUAAAAAGCUUCAUAAACGCAACGAGACGGCCUAAAGCGAGAAUCAUAUUUGGAGGAACUGUAAAAGGAAGAGCUAGAGCACCUGCAGUUGCGCAGUUCUCGUCGAGAGGGCCAAGUUUUACAAAUCCGUCGAUCCUCAAACCGGACAUGAUCGCGCCGGGAGUUAACAUCAUCGCGGCAUGGCCACAGAAUCUCGGCCCCAGCGCCCUUCCGGAGGAUUCUAGAAGAGUGAACUUCUCGGUGAUGUCGGGGACUUCCAUGGCGUGCCCGCACGUCAGCGGAAUUGCAGCGCUAAUCCGCACAGCGCAUCCGAAAUGGAGUCCGGCAGCCAUUAAAUCUGCGCUAAUGACAACAGCAGAAGUAACCGAUCGUCAGGGGAAGCCUAUAAUGGACGGAGACAAACCUGCGGAUUUUUUUGCAAUCGGCGCUGGCCACGUGAACCCCGAACGAGCAAUGAAUCCAGGCCUGAUUUACGACAUUCUACCGGAGGACCACAUUGCUCACCUCUGCAGCCUCGGAUACAGCCGAGGCGACAUAUUCAGCAUUACUCAUAGAAACUUGAGCUGCCAUGAGAUUAUGCAGAAGAACAGAGGUGGUGGUUUUAGCCUUAAUUAUCCAUCGAUUUCGGUUAUCUUCAAGGCAGGGGAUAAGAGAAAGGUAAUGUGGAGACGAGUGACGAAUGUGGGGAAGGCUAAUUCAAUUUAUUCGGUGGAAGUGAAGGAGCCUGAGGGAAUGAGUGUUAGGGUUAGGCCACGGAAACUAAAAUUCAAACAUUUGAAUCAAACUUUGAGCUACAGAGUGUGGUUUGUUGGUAAAGGAAGGAAUAGGAAUAAGAACACGAGAUUUGGGGAGGGGCAAUUGGCGUGGGUGGAUAGGAACAAUUCAUACAGAGUUCGAAGUCCAAUUUCGGUGACAUGGAGAAAGUGAAAAAUUAAACAGAACUAGAAAUGCAGUAGUCAGUAGCAUAAUCGGAGUAUUUCUAUCGAUCUAUCUAUGUAUAAGAUAUAGUUUCGUUUCUGGAAUUGGUGAUUAGCAUCGCCAUAUCAUUGUUCUGCUAAUUGAUAAACGAAUUAUUCGUAGCAUUUCGCUAGCUCUACAUAUUUUGUGCAAUCUUAGUGUUUCAGAUGCAGAAAUAUCUAUCGAUUACCGAUUUCAACGUAGU